GCUUGUCGAGAUGGGGUUAAAAACUAACGCUAAUCCAGAAUGCGUUGAAUGAAUUGAAAGUCGUUUGAGUUUAGUUAUUAUGAUAAUAACCGUUUGAUGGAUAUUAUUAAUAAAGACUUUGCGGACCAGUCCUGGGAUGAGAGUAUGUUAAUUAAAUCCUAUGACGAAUGUGUAAAACUUGGUAGCGAAGAUGUAGCAAAAUACAUAUCUAGUAACACCAAUAACGGGGCAACAAAAAUGUUGAAAACUGAACAAAAUCAUUUAACAGAGUUUAAUGUGGGUGACUACGUUAGAUCUACUUACCACGAUGAUGGUUGUGAUUAUGAAGCGAAAAUAUUAUCGAAGGACGGAUCUAAUGAUACAUGCUUGGUGAAAUAUAUUGGGUAUGAUAAUGAAGAAAUAGUUCAUCUAAAGGAUUUGUUACCGUCUUGGGGGAAAAAGGCACGUCGUUUGCAGUUUCAACAGGCGAACGCGAGGGAACGGAAAGAUAUUGGUAGUACUGUUAAUAGCAGUAAAAAAAUGUUAACUGAUAAGUUACCUCCUCCUCCUCCUUUACCGCCUAUGCUUUCACAAAAUAUUAGUGAUUCGGAACAUUUAUCAGCUAUGUUAAUGUCCUGGUACAUGAGUGGUUAUUAUACUGGUAUAUAUGAAGGCAUUAAAUUAGCAAAAGAUAAAAACAAAUGAGUCUGAUUAGACCAUUAAUUAAAUUCCUAUAAUUAAAAAUUUUAUUAUAUUGAAAGAAUAUGUUUCACCUUUUCAUUGAAGUAACGACCUAUUCUGUAUUUUUAAUCAAAUCGUUAUGUAUGUAAGUACAUAUAUAAAUGUCAUGAAGACAAUGUAAACUAAAUAUAAAGAGAAUAAAUAAAGCAAUUCGUAACUAAGAUCAUAAGGAAA